CCUUUGUUGUCAGUCGAGCCUCACCGCCAGUGCCUGCAAUGAGGCUGGCUGGGAGGAAAGUGUGAGAGAACGUUGAGAACCAGCUCAUUUUGGCUCUCAUCUCUCAUCUCGCUGCCUUCCUAUUGAGGCCUUGGUGGGUGACAGAGCCGUGUUGCUGCCUCUUGCAGAAGCAUGUGAUUGAGCCCCCAAGGCUACAAAUAUCUCCUCCUCCCUGCUACCUUCGACCACUUGGAUUCCUCUUCUCUACCAACCUCAUUCGUUCUCUUCUUGUUCCUUCUUCUCAUUGAUCGUCUUCAACACCGUCUUCGUUCUCUUGGCCGCCUCAGGCAGUCGCCAAUUCUUGCUCCUCCAGAGUCAUCUCGGCUGCGAGCCUGGGAGCCCUCGAGCGCAAGCCUCACCCUACCAUCAACACCGUCUCUGACCAGCCGACUUCUUCGAGCAACUCAGCUCUUGAGUCAACAUGUCUGGAGCCGCCCGCAAGCGAGGCGCCGGCCGCGCAACUAGGGGUCAGCAGCCGUCCGAAACUGCGUCUCGUCGUGGCGAUCGACUUCAAGUCCCAGGCGGCGGCUUUGAUGGGCCUGCUUCUCGAGGAAGCGCCUCACAGUCCGCUCCUGGUUCUGCAGGCCGUGGUGCUGCUGCGUCUGGUGCUGGUAGUCCCAGUGUCCCGCAAGGAGGUUUCGAAGCUCAGUCUCAGCCUCCCAGCAGUCGUCGCAGCAGCCAGUCUGGUGGCCAACCAUCGCAAACUCAAGCAACUGUCCUUCGAGUCGAUCCGGCUCUAGAUAGACAGGCACGAUACACAGAUCAGAUGCGCAAUAUCGAUCUUCCAGCGUCAUUCUACAAUAUUGAUCAGUUGUACAGCCUUCCGACACAGUAUGUCAAGCGUCCCGGCUACAACACUACCGGCAGAGCCGUUGGAGUCAACCUCAACGCUUUCAAAGUCCAAGAGUAUCCUUCGGUCAAAAUCUUCCAAUACGAUGUCCUCAUCGGCAAUGGUCAGGAGAAACGCAUUGUCAACCGCAAGGUGUGGGGUUCUCAAGCUCGAAAGAACGCCACCGGUCCACCUAUCAUCUACGAUGGCAACCGUCUUGCUUGGUCCUUGCGUGACUACAAUGAACUCCGCCUCAUGGUCGAUCUCGAUCAGGAAGAAGGCCGUCCUUCUCGAGAAGGUAAAAAUGCCUUCCGCCUGCUCAUCAAGCGAACUCGAAUGCUUGACAUCAGCCUUAUCCAACAGUACCUUGAGGGUCGCGUGCAGAUGAACAAGCUCGUCGCAGAAGCCAUCAUCUUUAUCGAUCAUCUUCUCCGAGAGACCCCAUCAUCCUCGUCCCAAUUCAUCCCCAUCCGCCGAAGCCUCUUUAGGCGUCAAGGUCAGCGCGCUGAUCUAGGCGGUGGCAUCGAGGUCUGGCGUGGUGUUUACCAGUCAAUGCGUCUCGCUGAAGGACAGAAGAUGAUCAUCAACGUGGACGUCGCAAACACUUGUUUCUGGAGACCGACGUCUUUGACUGCUGCCAUCGUCACAAAGUGGAGAGAAAUCAAAGACCUCAAUGAUAUUGCCUACAGAAUGGAGCCCGUUCAGACUAAUGGUCAUCGAGACCCUAGUGAUUUCACCAAGACUCUGGAGAGAGUUUUCAAAGGAGUCGAGGUCAAGGCAACGUACAAGGGCAAUCCAUUCCUCGACAAGCAAUGGAAAAUCUUUCGGUUCGAUAUCAACAACGCCAACGAGGAGAUGAUUGAAUGGAAGGAUCCUGUCACUAAAAAACCUACUGGCGAGAUGGUCUCUGUGGCGCACUAUUUCAAGCGCAAAUACAAUAUCAACUUGCAAUACCCCAAUUUGCGACUGGUGGAGAUGACGAAGAAGAAUGUCAAAUAUCCCAUGGAAUUCCUCUCCAUCCUCGAGGGUCAGCGAUAUGGUGCAAAGCUGGACGAGAUCCAGACAGCCAAUAUGAUCAAGUUUGCUGUCUCACCGCCCCAUGUCCGACUCAACGCCAUCAAUGAGGGUAAAAGUUGGCUCAACUGGGAUGGCGAUGAUUAUCUCAAGAACUACAGACUUCGCAUCAACUCGGCGCCCAUCAAGACCAUGGCGCGUAUUCUCCCAGCGCCGGGCAUCAAGUUCGGCAACAAAGUUGAGCAAGUCGGCACACGAGGGCGUUGGGAUCUCAAAGGCAAGACUUUCCUAACUCGAAACCCUCAGGAACUUGUCUCUUGGGGUGUGGGAGUCUUCACCGGUCGUCUCAAGCCAGAUCGGGCUCAGAUUGACCAGUUCAUUCUCGACUUCUCCCGCGCUUAUCGGAACCAUGGCGGACAAGUUGCCAACGCUCCACCAUAUGUCACGACUUUGAACCAGGAUGUUGGCGCUGCUGUUGCUGGCCUGCAUCAAGCCACCGGGAACAAGUUCAAUCGUCGACCGCAGCUCUUACUCUUCUUGGUGCAGGACCGGAAUUCCUUCCACUAUCUCCGAAUCAAGAAGUCUUGCGAUUGUCGCUUCGGUGUUGUUUCCCAGGUGAUGCAAAUCCAGCAAGUCCUAAAGGGCAACCCUCAAUACUACUCCAAUGUUCUGAUGAAGGUCAAUGCCAAAUUGGGCGGCACUACAUCCCAAGCUGUACCUCACCCGACAAGUGGUUUCAAAACGUUCUCAGUGCCGACCAUGAUCAUUGGCGCCGAUGUCUCGCACGCUUCCCCUGGCAGUCAGCAGGCGUCGAUGGCGGCCGUAAGUGUCUCCUAUGAUCGAUUUGGUGGACGUUACGCUGCUGCGUGUCAAACCAAUGGCCAUCGAGUCGAAAUGAUCUCGGAAACUAACUGGCGCAAUAUCUUGAGACCUCUCGUGAGCCAGUGGAUGUCACAGGUUGGGGGCGGCCGAUCUCCUCAGCAAAUCUACUACAUCCGAGACGGGGUGUCGACCAAUCAGUUCGAGCACGUCCUCAAUCAAGAAGUUCCGCAUAUCAAGAAAGUCAUUGAGUCUUGCAUGGAUGGCCAGAAGUUUGAGGGCAAGUUGACUGUCAUCGUUGCCAACAAACGCCACCACGUCCGUUGCUUCCCCGACAAAGACGGCGCUGACAACAAAGGCAACCCUAUUCCAGGCAUGCUGAUUGAGAGAGAUGUCACCACUCCUAAUGAGUUUGAUUUCUAUCUCUACUCACACAUCGCGUUGCAAGGAACCUCUCGUCCUGUGCACUACUCGGUUCUUCUUGAUGAGGCCAAUCACCGUCCGGAGGUGAUACAGAACAUGAUCUACGAGCAUUGUUAUCAAUACAUGCGCUCGACCACCUCGGUGUCUCUCCAUCCGUCAGUCUACUACGCUCAUUUGGCCUCCAACCGUGCAAAGGCUCAUGAAGACUUGCCUGCUACUGCUGGUCCUCAAGGCGGUGCUGGCUUCAAGCAACAGAACCCAAGCCGAAGCUCUGAACCUUCCGACUCCGAGGUCAAACCUCUCAUGCCUCUCUUCAACGUCAACGGCAUCGUCUUCGCCAUGUGGUACAUUUGAGCGUCUUCUCAGAGCUACCAAGGCAGACAUCUUCUGACUUCUACCGAGUUCGACGCUUCCGGUGCGGCAACCAUCCCGGGUCUGCAUGCACCCACAUUCAAUCCUCUUGUCCGAGUACGAUCCACUCAGUUGACUACACUACCUCAGUCACCUGCCUAUGCAGCCAAAAGAUGCGAACAGUGCUUGGGAGCUUCCAAAGCAGUUGAAGCCUCUGCUUCGAAACAAAAGGCGAUGUCCUACUCUCAACGGGCCCCCUCUUAGUUCAGUAUUGGUUUUGUGGAAAAAAAAGGAAAUUACAAAAAAAAAGCACAGUCGAACAGGUUUCCUCGUCCAUGCCUCUGAUGAGGGUGCGCUGGAGGUUACCGUCGACUGUCAACCAUUCUACGGCUUGGACACGGUCCACACGCUGGCUGCAUGGUAUCUCCUAGUCUAGCUUACACAAUCCAAAUUCAUUC